AUGUCGGUGGCGAACGCAUCGGCGGCUCGUGAUUCGUCGGAUACCGCCGGCGGAUGCAUGGGGCCGCUAAACUCGAUCGGACUCGCCCGACGGAAGGCAAGUGAUGCCUGCAAAGUCGCGGUGAAAUCGCCCACCCGAGUGUGGGCCGACGACGACGGCGAUGGCCGGCGGCCGGCAAUCGGGUUCCGGCGCCGAAAAGGUCAUGGACCUGACCUGACCGAUCGCACCAUAAAGCGCCGCUUGAUCAAAGCUGAGGUUUAUGAUCCUAACAGAAACAGAUGGGCAUCUAUCACUGAAAUGAACACUGGAAUGAUCCCCUUUAUCGGUGUUGUUUAUGAGGGUAAAUGGUUUCUGAAAGGACUGGAUUCCCACCGGCAGGUCAUGAGUGAAGUUUACGCACCUACUGCCAACACAUGGUCCACUGUUAGUGGUGCGAUAGUCACAGGUUGGAGAAAUCCCAGUAUUUCAUUGAAUGGAAGAAUUUAUGCAUCAGAUUGCAGGGAUGGGUGCAUGCUUAGAGUCUAUGAACCAGCAACAGACUCAUGGGAUAAGUUCAUGGACAGCAAAAAUCAUCUAGGAAAUGCUCAGGCCUUUGAGGCUGCCUCAUUUGUUUCUCUUAACGGGAAGCUGGGUAUUAUUAGGAACAACAUGAGCAUAAGUCUUGUGGAUGUGACAGAACCAGUAAAUAUCAUAGAGACAAACAGUGCUCGUGUGUGGGAAGCCCUUGCUGGCAAAGGCCAACUUAAAAAUUUGGUAGCAAGUUUAUGGUCCUCUAUUGCAGGUCGGAAUGGAGUGAAGGGUCAUAUUGUUCACUGUCAGGUGCUUCAAGCUUGA